CGAACACCCCGCGGGCUUCGAUAUGACGGUACUAGUACUUAGUACAUCACUUAUCUCGGCAAGAUUGUUAUCGUUUCUCUUCAACGACCCAAUCCGUCAUAGCACAUUUUCCGUGUCACGAUGGAUGAGACGGAGGACAAAUUCGAAUUGUACGAUCUACGCGUAGAUGUGGUAUGCCCACCGGACAAACCGAUAUAUUGCGGUGCAAAGCCAGGCGAUCACUUCGUCUUGAAAGGCGAGAUGCUUCAUCUUCCUCCGAACCAGGGUUUCAGUAUAUAUAGUCUGGCUGCGAUAUUGCCUCUUCUUCCUGCCAAACAGCGUCCAACUCAUCGGAACGAUUGGAUGUCGACAGAUGCACUUGUGGCAUGUCCAGAUCCCAACUGCGGGUCGCAGUUCAAAAUCACCAGACUGCAGCCAAGGUCAUUCGCACAUGGCGAAACGACAGCAGUGCCCCUGAUUUGACACUUACCUCGUAUGGGUUAUCGUGAUGGGAGAAUCUCGCCUGAAGGCGAUGAUGCGGGCCGAAGU